AUGUCUUCUCCGGCUAGCCGGAGGACUCGUGCCUCCAAUAAAUCGACAGCCUCGCCAGCGUCAUCCCUGGCCCGGCAGCCGCCCAGCAGCCCGACUCAGGCCACCCCCCGCGCUGCCCGUCGUCUUGCGGCCGAAGGAAAUGUCCCAUCAUCAUCACCAAUGCACUUCCAAUCGUCUCCCACUCGAGGCAACUUAAGCCAGGAAACCCCUGAUGUUCGUAUGGCGGAAGGUAGCUCAGUCGCUGAUGAUGGCGACCGAACUCCGCGGGCGCAGAAUGCAGGCAUUCGAGACUCAUCUCCGAUUAACUACAUCCCUAGCUCCAGUCCAACUCGUGGCUUUGGGCGCACAGAUAUCCGCUCCGAUCUUCGUUCCGAUGCCUUGAGCAUGAGCAGUGGGGGGCUGUUCGUCUCACCUGGUCAAGGCCGUCGCACAGCGCCUGUCCGUAGCGACCUUAACUCGGGCGGGUUCACUCCAUCGCGUCGAGGCCGUAUGUUCGUGGAUUCGAAUGGGCGGACCACUAGAGCCGACAUGCCUCCUUCAGACGCCACUUUCUCCAAUAUCAACCCAGGAACCUCCGAGGCGGAAGCCCUCAGUGGAAACAGCCAGCGGGUCAUCUGGGGUACGAAUAUUGCGGUCCAGGAUGCGAUGUCCGCUUUCAAAAACUUUCUUUACCACUUCGCUACAAAAUACCGCCUCUGGGCAGAUGGUGCAACCGAAGAGGAAACUCGGGCAUUGGGUCAGGAUGCUGAAAAACGCGAAUACGUCAAAUUGUUGAAUGAUAUGCGCCGACUCGGAUUGAAAACUUUCAACCUCGAUUGCCGAAACCUCAAGUCCUAUCCCUUGACCCAGAAGUUGUGGUACCAGCUCAUUCAGUAUCCCCAAGAAAUCGUCCCGGUGAUGGACCAGGCAGUCAAGGAUGUAAUGGUCGACUUGGCACUGAAAGAGAUGGAUCUCAUGCGUUCCGAGAUCCAGCGUGGAAACAGACGCGCCCAGUCUAUUCUCACCUCUGAUGGUGUCCUUCCCACUGGAGAUGUCCCGGACCUAGUCGGAGAGGUUGAAGCCUCGCACUACAAAGUCCUGCCAUUUGGUCUGGAUAAAUCAGUGAACAUGAGAGAUCUUGACCCGGCCGAUAUGGACCACCUUGUCAGCAUCAAGGGCUUGGUCAUCCGGACAACUCCCGUCAUUCCCGAUAUGAAGAAGGCAUUCUUCCGCUGCUCUGUUUGCACCUACGGUGUUGAGGUUGACAUUGAUCGUGGCCGUAUCUCCGAACCCACUACCUGCCCUCGUGAUAGCUGCAAGUCCAAUAACGCCAUGCAGCUGGUUCACAAUCGUUGCAUGUUUACCGACAAGCAAGUAAUCAAACUCCAGGAAACUCCGGACAAUGUUCCUGAUGGCCAGACACCUCACUCUGUCUCCCUUUGUGUUUAUGAUGAAUUGGUUGACAUUUGUAAGGCCGGUGACCGCGUCGAAGUGACCGGUAUGUUCCGUUCCAACCCAGUGCGCGUGAAUCCUCGCCAGCGCUCCCAGAAGACUCUUUUCAAGACAUACAUCGAUGUGCUACACGUCCAGAAAGUCGACCGCAAAAAAAUGGGCAUCGAUCUGUCUACCGUUGAGCAGGAGAUGGCCGAGCAGGCUGCCGAGGCCGACCAAGCUCGCAAGAUCUCGGCUGAGGAGGAGGAGAAGAUCAAACUCACUUCCACCCGCCCAGAUGUUUAUGAUUUGUUGGCACGUUCGUUGGCCCCCAGCCUUUACGAGAUGGAUGAUGUGAAGAAGGGUAUUCUGUUGCAGCUCUUCGGCGGCACCAACAAAACUUUCCAGAAGGGUGGUAACCCCCGGUAUCGUGGUGAUAUCAACAUUCUUCUCUGUGGUGACCCGUCGACCGCUAAGUCCCAGCUACUGCGCUAUGUCCACAAAAUUGCUCCUCGUGGUGUGUACACCAGCGGCAAGGGUUCGUCCGCCGUCGGUUUGACGGCCUAUGUGACCCGUGAUCCAGAGACAAAGCAGAUGGUGCUCGAAUCAGGUGCUUUGGUCCUGUCUGACGGCGGUACGUGCUGUAUCGAUGAGUUCGACAAGAUGAACGAGGCCACUCGCUCUGUCCUCCACGAAGUGAUGGAGCAGCAGACGGUAUCUGUUGCCAAGGCCGGCAUUAUCACCACCCUCAACGCCCGCACGUCCAUUCUCGCAUCUGCCAACCCCAUCGGCAGUCGCUAUAACCCCAAGCUCCCUGUUCCCCAAAACAUUGACCUACCGCCGACGCUACUCUCGCGUUUUGAUCUGGUCUAUCUGGUUUUGGACCGUGCAGAUGAGACAGAGGACCGUCGGUUGGCCAAGCACUUGGUUGGCAUGUACCUGGAGGAUACCCCGGAGAAUGCCAGCUCUUCGGAAGUCCUGCCCAUUGAGUUCCUAACUGCAUACAUCACCUAUGCCAAGACACAGAUCCACCCUGUGCUAACCGAAGAGGCCGGCGCCGCCCUGACUGAGGCUUACGUCGCAAUGCGACAACUCGGCGACGAUAUCCGUGCCCAGGAGCGCCGGAUCACCGCCACCACCCGUCAACUGGAGUCCAUGAUCCGUCUCUCCGAGGCACACGCCCGCAUGCGCCUGUCCUCCGAGGUCACCGCCGCCGACGUCGAAGAAGCCGUGCGCCUGAUCCGCUCCGCGAUCAAGCAAGCCGCUACAGACGCGCGCACCGGUCUGAUUGACAUGGGUCUGUUGACCGAGGGUACCAGCGCUAGCGAGCGACGCCUGCGCGAGGAUCUGAAGCGUGCUGUGCUGGCGCGCCUGGAUGAGCGGGGCGGGGUGGGCGGCGCCGCCGUGCGCUGGGGUGACCUGUACCGGGACAUGAGCGAGAGCAGUGAUGUGCCGCUGGACCAUAACCAGUUUGGUGACGCGGUGCGGUCGCUCGAGGCCGAGGGUGCAGUGCAUGUUGCCGGUGAAGGAGCGCGCCGGAGUAUCCGUCGGGCUGCCGUCGGUCUGUCCUAG